GAUAGGUAGGGGUGUGGGAUGGGGAGUAUGAGAGCUAUGGUGGGAGUGGGUGCGAAGAUGAGGUAUGAUGGAGGGUGAGGAAGACCUCUAAAAUACUAUUUGACCACCCUUAUUGUGCCUUAGUAUUACACCCAAGGGUGUGCAAUGGUGUUUAACUAAGUGAGUUGAGAAUCUGAGAUAUCUCAUUCAGAUUUAAGCAGAAGCAAAAAAAGAAAAAAAGAAAAUACUCCUGCUCCUUUUAGAUUGCAAUUUUACUCCUAAAUGUGUAUUUAAGAGGAACAGUUAUUUAGGAAUGGAGGGAGCAUUGGUCUUCCCAUCUCUCCUCAUUGAUGAGUGGACAGAUUAAUGUAAAAUCUGUUAUUUUAUAGGAGCUGGCAAAAAUCUAUGGAUUUAAUCGAGGUGUGGGACCGCACACCCGGAAAGUAUGAAAUUACGUAUGAAAAAUGCAUUAGUGAGGUCCAUGCAAUGUUAGUGUGUGCGUGUACCUUUGCCUAUAUUUGUCAAAAAAAAUAGAAAACCAUCUCUUUUUGGAUACAUUGGAUGGAAAUGUUUAUUUUAUCUUUUUUGUGCUUAGAUGUUUGUAUGGUUAUACUUUUCUUGUUUAUAUCCCUAAAAUUGAACUUUAGCAUUACCUGAGUGGUCUUAAUCGGUUUAAUUCCGUAACAAUCUUAUUUAAGCUUUUAGCCAGGGUUCAGAGAUCCUUUAUUUCAUUGGUCAAAUAAGUGAAAAUAUUUAUUGAUUUUUGGGUGGCGGAGACAUUUACACUUAGAAUCCUUUGCCCGUUUUGAUAUCAUGUUGAAUUGUUUGAUGUGCAAUGUGGGCAGAAGUGACAGUGGAAGUUAGAGAAGAUUCACCAGCACACUAUUUUUUGAAAAUUGAGUCUUUCACCCGACUUUCAGAGAGUGGCAUUUAUAAGUUUGAAUCAAAUGAAUUUGAGGCUGCUGGUUACAAAUGGAAAAUGAUCAUUUAUCAUGAUGGGAACACACGUGAAAAUGGAAGUGGACAUAUUUCAGUUUACUUGGCCAUUUCAGGGACAAGUUCCCUGCUUGUUGGUUGGGAGGUCAAUGCUAUAUUUACCUUCUUUCUCUUCGAUCAAAUCCAUGACAAUUAUCUUUCAGUGCGAGGAAAAAAGCAGCUUUUUCAACCUAUCAAGUCUUUAUGGGGACUUCCCAAAUUUCUUUCUCAUUAAACAUUCAAAGAGGCCUCUAAUGGAUACCUUGUUGACGACAAAUGUGUCUUUGGAGAAGAGAUAUUCGUCUUUCAAAGGCAAGCAAUCGGUGAAUUCUUGUCCAUGGUAAAAUCUAAUAACUCAUUUAAACGUGAAUGGAAGAUCUGCAAUUUCUCCAAACUUGGCGAAGAUUGGCUCUCUGAAGUAUUUACUGUGGGAGAUUACAAAUGGUACUUCCUUCCUUUUCUUGGUGCAUACCAUCACUCAUUUGAAUUUAUUUAUUUCUCAAUCCUUAUGUUAAUUUCGUGUGUAGGAAGCUCUGGUUGUAUCCAAAAGGUAGUUUUAACGAUAAGGGGUAUAAUUAAUAUCUGAAUAUUCUUAAAAUCUGUUGAUGCUAAGGACUUUGAUCAUCUUAAAAAAGUGAUGGCAAAUUGCAGCAUAAGCCUCAAAGAUCAGAAAAAUGGUGGAUGCAAAAAGCUAUCUUGUAAGACAAAUAUUUAUUUGUUUCUAUUUGUGUCAGUAGCAAUUUUUCGUAUGGAAUUGUUGCAAGAUGAAUACCACUAUAAGCCAAUAGUUAGUUUUAUUUUCCAACGAAUUAAUUUCUUUUUUUGCUUGUCUAUUGGUUUCUAUUUCCCCCUUUUUGAUUUUGCUUUUCAACAGAUUGUAUUUGGUUUUCAACUACCAGGCAGAAUUGGGGUUUUUCACAAUUUAUGCCUUUAACUGGGUUGCAUGAUAACUGAGUUGCAUGAUAAGAAAAAAAGGCUAUCUUGCCAAUGAUUGCAUUGUGGUGGAGGUUGAGCUGGAAGUUAUGUUUAAGCAUAGCGUAAAGAGCUUAUCCUGACUUGGUUUGCAGUUUAUUAGUAGCUGUCCACACAGUUGUUAACUAGUCGUUUUGACUUGGUUGAUUAAAAAUUAAAGAAUGCAUAUCACUUGGACAUGGUUAAGUGAUUAAUUUUGUAUAUGAAGAAACAUGUCUUGGUAUGUUAUUGGAGAAGUUGCUGAUUGUGUAUUUUAUAUCCAACUGUAGUCUGUUAUGAAGAUCAUUUGGCAAUAAUACUAUUUUUAUUGUUAAUAACUUAGGGCCGUUUGGUUUGAAAAAAAGUUAUACCGGGAUUAGUUAUGCUGGAAUUAUUUUUUAUUGAGUGUUUGAUUUGUUGUAUUCAAAGUAAUAUGU